AUGGCGACCUUUCACAUAGAGAAGUCAGUCAUAGCCAACGGCUCCUUGGGGACUGUGAAGGCUAUGAAACGUUACUGGAAUCAGCCGGUGUCCGACAUGAAUGAUGAAUCGAACGCGUCAAAAUAUACGCUGCUGCAGAUGGCGCUGAUGCUACAAAAGAAAAAAGUCGUCGAAUACCUCCUUCCACAACAAGAUCUUGACCUGAACACAAAGGCCACAGAUGGCACCACAGCUUUGAUGACUGCAUGCGACCAACAGGCAAGGGCCAACAGCUCCAUUUCCUGUGUCCUGCUUUGA